AUGUCGUUCCUCGGAAUGGGCCGCCAGCAGCCCACCUCGGAGCAAAAGAUUGCCGCCGUUGAGGGCGAAAUGCGCAUGAUGGCUGACACCUACAACCGCCUGCAACAGUCGUGCCAGAAGAAGUGCAUCCCGACCGACUAUCGCGAGGGCGAGCUCAACAAGGGGGAAUCCGUCUGCCUCGACCGUUGCACCGCAAAGUUCCUCGACACCUCGAUGAAGGUCAGCGAGAUUAUGCAGCAGCAGGGCCAAGCCAUGGGAGCUUCAUCUCAGCAGGGGGGCGGCAUGUUUUAG